AUGCUUGGACUGCAUUUUGAGCCGCCUGAGACCCUGCCACUUGCUGAAAGAGAAAUGCGCAAGCGUCUUUAUUGGUCGCUUUACAUGGCUGAGAGUAAGACUGGCAUGAAACUAGGCCGUCCUUUCUCGCUAAGUUUAUCUACGACCCUAUGCAGUCUACCUAGCGAUGACCAUAAUGUUGCAAUGCUAGCGGGAUCCGACUUUGCACCGCUUGGAGAGAACGUCACGUGGCUCAGCUAUAAUCUAUACAACACGAAGCUGAUCCUAGCCGCACGUGCGGUUCAUACAGCACUGUACGAUAAGUAUUCGGAUAUCUAUACUGGUGAGAAAGGUACUAUCAUCUAUGAUGACCUUGAAGCUCUAGAACGAUAUGCCGAUUAUCUCGCAACAAUAAUGAAAACAUUGGAUACCUGGGCCGCUGCUGUUCCCGAUGCGCUUAAGACGAAACGUAUCGGGGCUGGCGUCGCUUUGUCGACAGACCAUUCCCCACUGAUUGUUGAACGGUUUGCUCCUCUCUGGCUACAGCGACAGCGCUUACUCUUAGAGUUAUUAUAUCACCAUCUUUCUAUGAACCUCUACCGGCCGUUUAUAGCAUUCCCAUCCACAACCCCAACUCCAUCCUCCUCACCACCGCCCCCAAUACCGGUGACCCAGUCACAUGCUAACUCAGCCGUCAACCAUGGUAUGGCAAUAACGCACAUCAUGCAUCAGAUACUAUCGGAGACUGAUAUUCUAUGUGGCUGGCUCGAAGCUUUCCAAUGGCAAUGGAAUGCCGCUGUCACAAUGACCGGAUACCUUCUCGCGCAUCCAAAUUCUAACAUCGCGGGUACUGUGCGCCAGGCUGUGGAGCGCGCCGUGGCUGUGUUUGAAAUAUUCGGGCGCAGUUUCGCGGCUGCUAACAGUGCGGCGGCUGUGAUGCGGGAUCUCACAACGAAAGCUGACUUCCUCGCGUCUAGAACGGCUGACGGCCAUAUGCAGGUACCCGACCACGUGGUGGGAGCAGGGCUCAUAGAGGGCAGUGGUCCUAUGAUGCAUACAAACGAAGACCACGUGGCGAUGCAAAAUGUAAUGGCAAUGGACACGGCAUUUUCCAUAGACUCCUCCACCGGCUUGGAGAUGUUCUGGUCUGCCAUGGGCAAUGUGCCGGAUGAGUGGGGGUACAAUUUCGGGGCCGGUUGA